ACUUCGCUCCGGGUCGAGUUCGAGUCCGUCAGGAGUACGCAUAGUGCGGAUUGAAUAUAUUUUGAGUGUUGUGUGCCUAACAUUCAGCCCAAACAUCGCCAACUGUGACUAAAGGUGUUGGCAAUUAAAGCCGAGUGUAGAUUAUACUGUACAAGUUCUAAAAUUUACUCAGUUUUCUUGGGAAAGUGGCAUCAAAGAGACAUGUUGCCUGCCACCUUGCACCCACCACCCCACCCGCUGGAGCUCAGUAGAAAGUAGAGCUGUCCUGCUCGCACACAGCCCUCCUGCAAUCGAUAAGCUUAACAGAGGGCUGCCAACUCGUUGGCCACCGAAAAGCAGCGAGAAGAAUUAGUGUGAAAUUGGAACGAGGCAAAAUCCGUUAAUGUACAUCGCGGGUGAAAUGAGGAGACAGCAACAGCAGCAGCUCCAACGAAGAGGAGGAAAUUCAUAAAUGAAAGCUUACUAAUUGCCGAAGAAUGACGGACUAAGCGAACGAAAACAAAGCAAACUUUUCGGCCACUAACAUCAGCAGCGGCAGCGGCAUCGGCAUCGGGGAAACCACGAAAAUUGUGCCACCGCAGAGGAAGCGAUGCUGUUGAUGCCCACAUCGUGUGGGCCGGGGCCACCCGUGGGCCCCAAUGGCGCGGGAGCUGAUGUCGGCGGGCCAGUGGAGGUUGCCCAACGAACAACGACAACGACGGCGGUGGCGUCAGGCAUUCCCAAAUGGCUGCUAAUGCUACUGAUGCUCUUUGCCAUACUCGCCAGGACGCCGCAUGGCCAGGUGUCGGCUGAGAAGAGCAAACACUAUUACAUGCAGUCGCUGUGCAAAAAUCACUUUCUGCAGCAGCUAUACAGGAAGAUCGACGGCGCCGUUCUCUGGUCGCAGAACGAGCGCAAUUUGGACUGCAUCAUCACGUUCCAGACGCACUCGGUGCUGCAGCGCUUCAUGCUACGCUUCGACAUGCUCCAACUGGACUGCAACGACCACCUGCUGGUCUUCGACGGCGCCCAUGCCGUCUCCACGCCCAAGAUUGACAUCUCGUGUCGCAACACAAAGAACACCGUCAAUGCACUGCUGACGCGCACAAACUUUGUGACCCUGAAGUACGUGACCGAUGGCUGGGGCACAGAUGCGAACGGUUUCAAGCUGGUGAUUACAUCGGUCAAGGAUCCCAAGCACACCUGCAAGGACUUUACCUGCGCCACGCGGGAGUUCUGCAUACAUCCCGAUCUGCUGUGCGAUGGCGUCAAUCACUGCGGCGACAACUCCGAUGAAUCAGUGCAGAAUCUGUGCCAGAGCGAGGCUAGCAGCACUGUGUUUGGCAUGGACAUGACCUGGUUCGUUCUAAUCGUUGUCGGCGUUCUGCUCGUCCUGAGUGCGCUUAUCGUGGCCGUGGCUAUCUGCGUGUGUCGGCGCCAGGACGAGAAUGCCUCCAACCAGAACACAGCACUCCAGCUUCAUCAUAAUGCCGACACAAAUGGGUCGUCGAAACAUCUGCACUACCAUGGCAUUAGUGUCGGCGGCACGCUGACGCGGGAGCACACACAACUGCCACAACAGUCGGGAAACUGGCAUCACCCUGCGGGACCAUCCGGGUACCACCGCAUUCCACACAACUACUUGAAGAUGGCCACCAAAGUCCGUCCCAUUUGGUGCUUGGCAAAUUCCGUCAAUUAGGUCAAGAUCUUUCACAAAACUCUGCCGGCCUCAGCCAGACGAACAUUGCCGGCUCCGGCAAUCAUCAGAAUGCCAAUGCCGCCAAUGUUGGUGCUGCCCAAAAAGACGAAUGGUUCGUCUAGAAGGGGGCAUCAACGUGUGGCACAUGUGGCAUGAGGAAGGAAUGUGAAGGAAUGGAACCAAUUGACUUGAGCACAAUAAUCUGUACUUGAAUAAGUAAAAUUAUGGAUAUUUGCAGAGCAUUAAAUGAAGACUGUAUGACUAUAUUUAACAACAAAAAUAAUGUGGACAUCACCGCGCAGGGUGUAUUAUUAAGAGAUCUCUCCGCGUACCCGAGCAGAAUCUCGAAAGCGUUGGGCAGUUGGUCCAGAGUAUCUGUACUCUGCUCCAUUCUGUCGGAUAACCAAUGCAAUUGUACAUACUUUAUAAAUACAAAUAUAAUUUAAUGGAUUAAUAUUACAAGCUGGCUAACAAAAAGGAAACCACAAAACAAAACAGAACAGAACAGAAGAGAAGAGAAGAGAAGAGAAGAAAACAGAACCUCCCUCCCCAUGUAUCCCUAAAAACGUAAAAGAAAUAAUAACUAGGGAAGUCCUCGUCUUAAUUUGUUGGCAUUUAUUUACUAGAAUAAUUACGAGGUGUACGAAUAGAAAACCCAAUUAGACUUCAAUUCAAUUGCUCUUUGAUUAUCGUCUUGUUUGGCAUUGUUGGCGGGUGUUUGCUGCGUUUAAUGUACAAAAGAACAAAAGUUCUUCAAUUUAUUGUCAGAAUCGAGGAGUAGAGGAGAAGUCAUCUAACAUGUGAAAGAUGAACAACAAUCGUAAGCAUUUAAACAGAACAAAACCGGAAAAAGUAUUAAAGAUCAACGAAAACACUGUCAUUAGAAAGAAUAAAACUUCCGCAUAUACUUUGCAUGUGCUCUGUAUGUAUGAGAAACCCUAAUAUUUAUGGGGUUUUUUUUACAAAAAAAUCAAGCUGAAUUGUUAAUGCAAAAUGGACACAAGAAGGACUCAACCAAAACAAGGGAUGUACAUAAGUAGUCGACAAUAUACAUACAUACAUACAUACAUACAUACUCGUAAUUACAGAAAAGAUACAAAGAUGCAAAAACAGGAAGUUAACUCCAACUGCAUAUCCCACUUCCAUUUGUCCACUUGGGGGAGGCCACAGAGACUCCGAAGACCAUUCACGAAUCAUCCAAAAACAAAAAAACCAACCAAUGCUAACGGAUAUAUUCUCUGAGACAUUAAGGACAAUACAGUGAAUACUUUUUGCUUUUGAUACAACUAAAUUGAGAACAUAAUCGAUGGACAUGGGAAUGCAUUUGUAACCUACAGAUACAUAGAUAUCUACUCGAACUCGCAUGUAUGUCCGCAUUGAAUAACAAUUUUCUACAAUCAAC